UGGCUUGCAAACAUUCACCUGGUUCUGUACCGUACUGAGCAAUCAUCAGCAAGCACAUGGGAGGAGACCAAACCUGCCACCAACCAUGGGAAAAAUAUACCCUUCACUGGAGAAGAGGUUUAUGGACUAGUACAAGCAUCUCUCACAGCAAAUUUCUGCAAGAAGACAGGGAUCUGGAUUUUUGUUUCUCUUUGACCUUCUGCAGCAAAUACUUGGCUGAAUAGAGAUGGACUGGAGCAACUGCACUUCCAUGGGCUUAGUGCUCAUCCUGACUUUUCUAUUCAUUAUGAAAAUAGGAGGUUUCUGGAAUGGCUACCUGAGGAAGAACUUCCCGCCAGGACCACGAGCAUUACCUAUCAUUGGAAAUCUUCAUUUGUUUGAUCUGAAGAGACCCUACAGGACUUAUUUGCAGCUGUCCAAAACAUAUGGUCCAGUCUUCAGUGUUCAGAUGGGGCAAAGGAAAAUAGUAGUGAUCUCUGGGUAUGAGACAGUGAAGGAUGCUCUUGUAAACCAGGCAGAUGCAUUUGCAGAGAGACCUAAAAUCCCAAUCUUCGAAGAUCUGACCAAAGGAAAUGGGGUUGUAUUUGCUCAUGGUGAAAACUGGAAAGUCAUGAGAAGAUUUACUCUCACAACCUUACGAGACUUUGGAAUGGGAAAGAGGGCCAUUGAGGACCGCAUUGUGGAGGAAUAUGGGUAUCUGGCAGACACCAUUGGGUCACAAGAAGGAAAGCCCUUUGAUCCUAGUAAAAUCAUUAAUGCAGCAGUUGCUAAUAUAAUUGUGUCAAUAUUACUUGGAAAACGAUUUGACUACAAAGACUCCAGAUUUAUAAGACUACUAAAUUUGACCAAUGAAAGUGUGAGGCUUGCUGGGAACCCUUUUGUUACGAUGUACAACAUCUUCCCAUGCCUUGGAUUCCUCCUAAGGGCUCAGAAGACUCUUCUUCAAAACAGAGAUGAAUUACAUACUUAUAUAAAAGUUACUUUUAUAGAACAUCUCAAAACUCUGGAUAAAAAUGAUCAGAGAAGUUUUAUUGAUGCUUUCCUUGUCAAACAGCAGGAGGAGAAAUCCACUACCAAUAGGUAUUUCCAUAAUGGCAAUUUGCUAAGCUUGGUGAGCAAUUUGUUUACCGCUGGUGUUGAGACAAUUUCCACCACACUAAACUGGAGCUUUCUGCUGAUGCUGAAGUACCCUGAAAUUCAGAGAAAAGUCCAAAAAGAGAUAGACAGAGUGAUAGGGUCAAACCCCCCACGAAUUGGGCAUCGAACUCAAAUGCCAUACACAGAUGCUGUUAUCCAUGAAGUUCAGCGAUUCGCUAACAUCCUGCCAUUGGACUUGCCUCAUGAGACUGCUGCAGACGUCACUCUCAAAGGCUAUUUCAUUCCCAAGGGAACCUACAUCAUCCCCUUGCUGACCUCUGUCCUGCAAGACAAAUCGCAGUGGGAGAAACCAGAGAUGUUCUAUCCUGAACAUUUUCUUGACUCCCAGGGAAAGUUCGUAAAGAAAGAUGCUUUCAUGCCUUUUUCAGCAGGGCGGAGGAUCUGCGCUGGUGAGAAUCUUGCCAAAAUGGAACUCUUCCUCUUCUUCACAAGUCUCCUGCAGCGGUUCACCUUCCACCUUCCCCCUGGAAUUUCUUCUUCAGACCUGGACCUCACCCCUGCUGUUGGGUUUAACAUUGUCCCAAAACCCUAUAAAAUCUGCGCUGUAGCUCGUUCUUAGAGUUGUAAUCUGCAUCUGUUUCAAAAAUUUUCAAAUGACAUUUUCAUGAUUUCUGCAUUCUUAAUUCUUUGGCCAAAAUCAUUCACUACGUUACAUCUUAAUGAACAUUUCCAGUACCUCUAAAACAACGUGGCAUUUUUUUUUUUAAUUUUUUAUUUACUAGGGGGAGACGCUUCCUGUGAACAAAAUAAUAAAGACCCUCAGCUUUCACCUUCUUACUUUAAUUUUCACUUAAUAAUGUGUAUUUGUUGAAAGCAUAUUCCCCAGGAAGGCUCCUAAGUCCAGAUUUACAAUUACAUUUAUGGACCAUGAAGCUGUGCCUACCUUGCACUAUCCUCGUCAAGAAUAAGCACCUCAAAGCCUCUGUGGUGGAUGCAGGAAAUUCAGAGCUUCAGUUCCCCAGGACAGAAGAGCUGUUUGGUCUGGGCAGUCAGAUGGGUUUGGAUCUGCACAUAUGACAUUCCCUGAUACUUCUACUUCUUUGUGGUAGCUCCCACAGCUUUGCAUCUCUGAUUUUUCCCAAAUUCAGACAAAAGGGCAUCUCUAACAAGAAUAACUAACUGUUGGAAAAAUGUAUGCAAGAGUGAUGGAUUCUCUGUUUCUUGAAACUCUUCCUGUACCUCCUAAGGCCAGCUGGCAUGGUCCAUCAUGUUCACACUACUGAACUCCUUUAACCCUUAAAAUAGGGUAACUGCAUCCCAACUGCCUCAUGAGAACAGUCCCUGGGCCAUGCUAGACUCCAGACCAUGACCAGGAACUCCUUGGGACAACAAGCAAGUCUGCUGGGCCAAAUUUGUACCAAAGACCAUUCACCUUUCCAUAGCAGGGACAAUCAGGCUCCAGUGCUUGGCCAAGUGUCCUGGCCCUGAAAGUGUUGGCUGACAUUCUCAGAAACAGUAGUGAUUAUCUUGGAAACACUAAAGGUGACAGAGGUAAAGGAAACAGAAGGCAGUGUGAAGGAGUUAAAGUUCUUAGUACUGUCAGUAUCUUCAUAGAGGAAAGGAAAAACUUUUCUUUAUAUCUACUGGGAACAGGACAGGAAGCAAAAAGCUGGAGUAAGAGAUUCAAAUUAGACAGACACACCAUGUUAUCAUAAUGAGGCAUAUUACAGAAGCACUGAACAGACACCUGAAGAAGAUUGAGAAUCUGUGCCUUUAACAGAGAAGAGCCUUAUCCCUAGUCUCAAGUAUACAUUCUUAAUGAACUAGCUGGAUUUUCGACCUUAUGCUCUUCUGUUAACAGGCACUACUUCUAAGAGUAGAAGGAGGAGAGUAACACAUUUCCAUGAGACUUUCUUCUCAUAAACACAUUUCAGAAGUCAAGCAAACAGAAGCUACAAAGCUCACAUUAGUGUUUCAGUAAGCUCCCCUACCUUUACUUUACAAUGGGGGUUUUUGAUUGCAAAGUCAACAGUCUUCUCUGAACUGACCAUGAACUACCUAGGUGACCUGAAAUUCUGCCUUUCUUAUGGCAGGAUCAUGUAUCAUACGACCACUUCAGGCUCUUUGUUGAGGCAUCACGAUUUGUCAGAUGUUUAUUUUCACUCUUCAGAUCAAAUACUCACUAGCUGUACAUACCUGAAAAUUAUUUCUUCUCUCUAUAAAUAAAACAACUACGUAGGUUUGGUAAAAAUGGUUUAACUGGUUGAAUAAGACAGAAUAUAGAGGUAGAAACUUUGUCCCAACAAAGACAAUGGCAGAACUUAUCUGGACUUGCAAAAGACAAGGAUUAUACUCUUGAUAUGUUCAGAAACUGUGAAAUAUGCACUAUCGUGACCUGCAGUUCUCACUUUUCUGUGACCGUGUAGACCGUCUUAGGCCACUAGCUCUCUCUUGUCAGGAAUGCAUGCUUUGCUCAAAAAAUAUACGAAAUUUUUAAAAA